CGCUGCUCAGGUCACCUCUGUGCCUGGUCACCCGCCCUCGGUUUGGAGCCUCACUCCCUGCAGCUGGGCUCACCCCGCAGCCUGCCUUCGCUGCCCCUGCUCCUCCCCAGCGUCGCCCAAGGGUCCUCCAGCUGCGCGGAGACCCAGGCGGAGGGAGGAUGGAGGGCACAGCGCCCGCCGCCGCCACUGGGCUCCGCACCCUCAGGAGGAACGUGGCCUCCGGGCAUGGUGUUUUCCAAAAGGGACUGCUUUGCAUGUGGCCUGUUGCAAGGGCCAUCCGAGAGUGGUGAGACUGCUAACACGCAGACAUUGCCUAUUGAACCUCUGUGACAUUGACAACAAAACAGCUCUCAUUCACGCUAUACAAUAUGACCAAGAGGAAUGUGCAACCAUUCUUCUAGACCAUGGUGCCAAUCCAAAUGUAAUGGACAUCCAUGGCAACACUCCUCUUCACUAUGCUGUCCUUGGCCACAAUACAGCGAUAGUGGAAAAGCUACUUUCCUGUAUGGCAAAUAUGGAAGCAAGAAAUAAGGAUGACUUCACACCACUUUCACUUGCUAAAUAUGAAAACAGAGAGAAAAUGGUGGAAUUUUUAGUAACUAGAGCUUCAAAAAUCAAUCACAUGGAAAGCGAACAACAACUACCUUCGAAAUAUAAAGAAGAAAGACCUAUAAGAUCUUCUGACGGUAGCAAUCUUGGGAUGCAUCUCCCAAACUCUGAGGGACCCCAGGAGGCUUACAACCAGAGCAACAGUGCUGCAGAUCUACAGGAAUCUCCAAAACAAGCACUGAGCAAAACAAAAUCAAAGACAGAGUCUCGAUGCAUGAAAUUGGUGCAAUGGAUCCGACGCACGCGGUUUUGGAGGCUGCCUCGGCCCCCGCUCGCCACAACAGCAGCCUCUGCCUCGGCCACUGCCGCCACGGCUUCAUCCGGAAGGUCAUCUGGAAGCUACGACCUUUGCCUAGUUGUAUGA